AUGGGCUUGAGCGGAGGAUAUUUGGAGAGUUCAGUGAAGUCGCAGAGGAGACGUGAGUUCCGACGAACCGAGACCGAAACUGAGAGAGACGAGCUUUCAAAGCUUGAGCUUUCAAAGCUUGAGCGAGGAGAUGAGAGUUCCUAUGAGACUAGUUCCGGUGACCAAGGCAGUGAGGGUGUAUACGAGGCUCAGUCCCGUGGAAUAAGCAGUGGCGGUGGAGGUUGUGGCGGUGGUCGAGGCGGUGGUGGUUAUGGAGAAGUGGUGGUGUAUAACUGGAGCGGUGGUGGUUAUAGAGGUGGCGGUGGUGGAUACGAAGGUAGUAAUGGAGGUGGAGGAAAUAGUAGAGAUGGUGAUCGAAACGGAUGUGGUAAUAGAAGCGGAGGUAGUGGAGGUGGUGAUUGA